GAAUUACAGGCCGCCCCCUCUCUAUCACCCUGCCCCCCAGCACAGAUUCAACAGAGGAAACGGAAAAGACGAAACAUUCAAGAAGGUUUUUCAUUUCAAAACCCCGGGGCUGUGGAAAGAACAGAGAGUUCAUUUUUUUCAAAUGCCUGAAUUUGUCCACUUUUGGCUACAUUGUUAGACCGCAAACCCGCCCUUCCGGCCCGUUAUUUCCUUUUUGCCCAUCUUUUCCCCAGCUGUUUGCAGCUGGCAGAAAGCACCCGCCCUGUUCGGGGGAAAAAAGGAACCGAGAGAGACCGGAGGAGGAGAGAGAUGCCACCCCAACCUCCCGAGUCGCAGGUGAGGAAGAAUAUCCUGAAGUUCCUCAAGAGUUGUUUGGGAAUCAUCCGGAUCCUGCAGAUUGUGUUCGGAGCUGGGCUGUGGGUCACCAUCGCCGCCAACAAAUAUGAGGGGCCCAUCCACUUCGUCCUUUUCGUCGCUGUCCUCUUCUGGCUCCUCACCCUCGCCCUUUUCUUCCUCACCCUUCUGGACAAGCAGGACCUCGUCCCGCUGCUGGGAGGGGAGCGCUGGUUGUGCACCAACCUGGCGCACGACGUGGCCGCCACCCUGCUCUACCUGCCGGCCAUAGGUGUCAUGAUCUACAAGACGGACCGCAACUCGUACUGCAACCUGGAGCAGUACAAGCACUUCUGUCUGUACAAGGUCUACCUAACGGCCGCCGUGUUCGCCUGCCUGUGCUGCCUAUCUUACCUCCUGUCGGUUAUUUAUGGGGCGAGCAGGAGGUGUCGGGGCGAGCAAACGGUCAUCUGAUGAGACUGAAGGGG